AUGACGAGAAAAAAUCGUUCUCCAAAAGAAUUUUUACUAACAAUCUUAAACGAACAUCUAAAAUUCCUAAAAAGAACAAAAGAAAAAAUUCCAAAUAAAUAUCAUGAAGACAUCGAAAUACAAGAAGAGAGAACAAAAUACUAUCAUGUCCGUAUUAUCAAAAAAGAAUUCAUUGUUUACGAUACUUUAAGAAAUGAAUUUGAAAAAAAAAAGGUUACGUUCAAUAGAAAAAUCGACAAUCUCAAAAGAGAAAUUAGAAGAUUAAAUGG